UAUUUCCCGUUUGACGGUUGACCCGUAUUAGGAAGGAAUUGAGGAUAUUUGAUUUAACUCACGCAAAUUGAAUUCUGAACUAGUUUAGUAGCACUACAUCAUUCUCCUCUAGCCCGGACCUACUUAGCAGUUAGGGCUUCUUCACUAAUCAUAACACUUCAUCUUCAUGUCGAACCAGCUCUACGGCUACACCUCCACCACUUACGGCGGAGGCGCCGGCUCCGGCUCCGGCGGCAGUAUAUUCAACUCGAGAUCCGCCGCCGACGCCUACAUCCCGUCCGACUCCUCAUUGCUCGGCACUUCUUCUAGGUACUUGAGCGCUGACCUACUCUCCUCUUCUUCCGCCCUCUCCUCUUCACUGCUCUACAAUCCCGAGAGCUACUCUAGGAUCCCCGGCCUCUCCGCCACCAUUCCCACGCGCUCCUACGGCCCACCUGGUGUCGAUGUGGCGGCUAGUGUCCCCACCGACCCGCUUUAUGCUGGUUUGAAGCGUACUUCAUCUGAAUCACUCUAUCACCAGACUCUUUUGGGUGCCCAUAACAAGAUUGGGCAAACUGAUGCUUGGUAUUCAUCAAACCCUUUAGUCAAGCGCACUAGAUAUGAGAGUACGAGCCAUUUGCCCAUAUACCCCCAGAGGCCUGGAGAGAAGGACUGUGCCUUUUAUAUGCAAACAAGAACCUGUAAGUUUGGAGAGAGCUGCAAGUUUGACCAUCCUGUUUGGGUCCCAGAAGGGGGAAUCCCUGAUUGGAAAGAGGUCCCACUGGUGCCUAGUGAAGCCCUUCCUGAGAGACCUGGCGAGCCAGAUUGUCCUUACUUCUUGAAGACUCAAAGAUGCAAGUUUGGUGUUAGGUGCAAAUUCAACCACCCUAAAGAUAGCAUCCUGCCUCCAGGUGCUCCUGAGGAAGGUGACAUCUCUGCCUUACCCGAGAGACCGUCAGAGCCUCCAUGUGCUUUCUAUGUGAAGACUGGGAAAUGUAAAUUUGGUUCAACCUGCAAAUUUCACCACCCCAAAGGAGUUCAGAUUCAAUCAAUUGGGGAAGAGAAUCUUAAUGGGCUGCAGAGUAACAUGCUUGGAGACAACAAGGCAAUGCAAACACCUUUUGCCCCUGCUCUGUUGCACAAUACCAAGGGCCUUCCCAUCAGACCGGGUGAAGAAGAUUGCCCAUUCUAUUUGAAAACUGGCAGCUGUAAGUAUGGAGCCACAUGCCGCUACAGCCAUCCAGACAGAUAUGUGAUCAAUCCACAAGCUGCUAUUGCUUCUUCUCUUCUUACCUCACCCUCAGCCCAUUACAAUCUUGGUGUUGUUGCUCCGACAGUAUCUCUGUUGCCAAAUUUUGAUCCAAGGAUCACUCAAACAACGGUUGGUUUGACUACAACUAUUUACCCUCAACGACCUGGACAGCAGGAAUGUGACUAUUACAUGAAAACUGGGAUAUGCAAGUUUGGGAAUAACUGCAGAUUUCACCAUCCCGUCGAUUGGUCAGCACCCACUGCAUCAGCUACAGAGUCUCCACAGCAAAAUGUGAAACUAACUCUUGCUGGCCUGCCAAGAAGAGAGGGUGCUAUCAAUUGCCCAUAUUAUAUGAAGACUGGAACAUGCAAGUAUGGGGCAACAUGCAAGUUUGACCACCCACCUCCUGGAGAGGUGAUGGCGGCCAUGACAACAUCUUCUGCACUUGGUGAAGUCAAAGACAAUGGAGAUGUGUAAAUCACUAGUCAUAGUUCUCUUAUCUGCCCACUUUUUCCUAAAUUGUUAUUUUGGCUAUGUCAACUUGAUUUAUUUGAUCAGAACCUUGUUUAUUUUCUUAUAUUUGAAAGACCUAAAUUCUUUUAUUGAUUAAA